UGCUUAAAUUUAGUUCAAUAUGGCGGCCGAAUCUAGCAGUGUGGUGCUAUUUGAGUAAAAUUUCUUCCUCGAUCGAUCGUAGUCUUCUAAACAUGAGCUGGUUAUUUGGAUCAUCGAAACCUCCGAAAUCUCAACUACCACCUACGACAGCUUUACAACAACAGAGACUAAAACAGAUCGAAUCGUUGCGCACACUUCACAGUAUCACAGAAGUUCAGAGAGAUGUGGAGUACAGAGUCACCUUCAGCGUAGGAACCUCAACUGUGUUUCUGAACAUAACCCUUCCCCCUCAGUUUCCCAAUGAAAGGCCAGUUGUUAAAGUGUCUCCACCUUUACGUCAUCCUUGGGUUAAUGAUCAGAUGAUAGUGGUAGGAUGCCCUGGAAUAAAUAGUUUUUAUAUGCACUCUAAUCUGGGGAGAGUCAUCACAGAGGUUCUAAAAGAAUUCUCUGACCACCCCCCACAGUUUCUUGGUCCUCUGACAUCUCAACCACAAUUCCCAGCAAGCUCAAGUGGCUACCAGCCCUCAUCACAAUACACCUUUCCCAGUUUUCCUGGUUUCCAGUAUGCUCCACAAUCUACAGCUCCCUCCAGUACACCCUCCAUGUCUUCACUGAAUUCACCUGUAAGCCAGUACUCCUCUCUGUCUGUUACUAGUGCAGGGGCUAUGCCACACCUAGGCAGUAACUCCCAGGUACAUUCUGGCAUGGUCACACAGACUACCCCAUCAAGGCCACCAGUUCCCCCCAGGCCAACUCAACCAAACAGAGUAACAAACUCAAUCCCAGAGCUUGAUGGUUUAAGUCUUGAGGAGCUCAAAGAUCUUGCUGAUAAGCCUGAAGUCAUGGACACAUUUUUGAUAAAACUAGAAUCAAUUAAAAAGCUAGAGGCUGAUAAAGAAGAAGUGAUGAAGAAAAAUGAGGAGAUAGCAAGGUUUAAUUUGUCCCUUCAGUCAAAGUUGGAGGGUACUAAACAUGAACUUUUGAAAAAGUGUGAACGCGUAUCCGAGCUGAAAGGAGAGUUUGCAAAUAAUAGUCAGAAACAGAAGGAGCUUAGUGAGGUUUUCUCUCUGGUCCAAAUACGAACGCGAAUGGAAAUAGCAGCUGCUCAGGCAGAAGAAGAAUCAGAUGUCAUCGCUGAUGAAUUUCUUUCGAAAAAUAUGACACCAGAAGAAUUUAUGCAGAAAUUUUUAGAGAAAAGAAAGCUGUGCCACAGUCGAAGAGCGAAAGAAGAAAAGAUACGACAUAUGCACACGAGAUAUUAAACUUAUAAAUUUUUGGCUAACCUAGCAUGGAGUCAUCUGACACGACUUGGCCUUCGAAUGCCCGAUGACGACUGACCUGUUUAUAAUCCCUUCUUGGAAUGUCACGUGACGCCACAAGCCAGGGCGGGCCACGAAUUUAUAACAUAACUUUUAGAUUGGGUUUCACAGUACAAACGUUCGAUAUUGCAGAAAUUGCACAUAAUGCAGCAGCUUAGAACGAAAGAUUGGGCCACGACUCGCUUAAAAUUUCUCGAAGUUCACUACGAAUGACACAGUCUUAACUUUAUUUAGAAUUGUUUUGUCAGUUUAAAUAAAAACCAUUACACCAUACAACCAAAACUAUACGAUUAGAAGUAUUAUCGAUAUACAAUACAAUACAAUGUUCUUUAUUUCAAGAGGGUAAAUAGAUGACUAACCCAGUAAAGAGUUUUCUAACACAUGGCCCUCAAUAACUGCAAUGAGAGGAAAGUCAAGUUUUAUACUUAUUUAAAAGGACUAUUACACCCAAAGAGAGCUUUAACGUGUUUAGGAUUGUAAAAUUUGAAAGAAAACAAUAGAAUAGAAACCAUGAAAGAAAGAUA